AUGACAGCGCUCGAUGAUCUCGGCAUUCAAAGGAUUUGGUCGUCCGAUGGCGUGAACGGUCGGAUCUUGUCCGGAUAUGUGCCUUGGCGAAAAUGGUCCGACUCAUCAGAGCUGAAGGAGGCCUUUGCUAAGCCACCUGCCCUCAGCUAUUACGAUUCCAGCAAACCAUUGCUUGUUGCCACCGAUGCGUCAGGAUAUGCGAUAGCCAGUAUCGUUUUUCAAUCCGAGGGCCGCGCAGGCACGGCGGGAGGAGGCGACGGGCUCAUCGUUCGCCGGGAUUGCGAGAAGGAACGCAGUCUUUCCGCCACGGAUGGUGACCGUGGUUUUACCGCGGAGAGGACCGUGACGAGGAUGUGUUCUGUCCGUCACGAUUCCGACCGGAAGCCUCAGAAGGCGAUUUCGCCGAGCUGGUAUCCAGUACCGUUUCCGUUUCCAAUGCGGGCAUAUGCUCGCUCUCCGAGGAGAGCGCCGCCGCCGCCUCCUCGAGCUGCGAACGAGCAGCUUCGCGCUCAUUGCGCUGUUGCCAAAGGCAGAAUCGAAAAACGUCAGAUCAACAGAUUCCCACGGCGCCAGACAACUCUUACAAGGAACCACCCCAGGCCGCCGCCCGGGGUCAGGACGAAUGAUGGCAACUCCUGA